AUGGUCAAAAGUCUCGUUGCUCACGCACUUGGACACGUCAAUCUAGUCUACGGUGCUCACAAUUACGAUAUCGAGGUCGAGGCGUCGAUCAACGGAGGUGGUCAUGGCUUCUCGGCCACAACUUCCCAGUCGAAUCGAUGGGACUCCCAGUGGCCUCUUGAUGGAUGGACGUGUGCCGUAGCCGUGAGAGCUAGCGCCGGCGACUCCAUCAAGGCCCAGUAUACCGGAUCACAAUCUGCAGUCGCAAAGCCGCAACUUGCUCCAGCGCCAGCGAAUAUCCAAGUCCAGCCGACAAACUCGGGUGCGGGAACUCUGCCUGUGUCCGGAGGCUUAACUGUCGAUUCAAAGGACCCUGCUACAGUUCGCAUUACCUGGACUGGUUCUGACUCUGCCGGCGGCUAUCACGUCUAG